AUGUUACCAGUGGAGAAACAAAGGAACCUGGAGGAGCAACGGAGCAACGCCUUCUCCCUUACUCAACUCAACAUCGUUCGGAUUAACACACGUUCUCUAAGCGCAGGACAACACCGAUUCUUCUCGAUCGUUACCUCCAGAAACAGUCUGCAUAGAUACUGCGCGAAGAGGAACUCGGAUGAUGCGAGGAACGACUAUAGCCAAGAAAGAAGAGGACCACUCCCCAACAACUAUUGGUCUAGAGAGCAGUCCAGGACAGGUACCGUUGGACGUACUUCGCACCAGCAACGAACAUCGCGAAUUGGUGGAAAGCAAGCUAUCAAAUUUCGAUUUGACACCAGCUCAGGUGAUUUGUUCGAACUUCCAGAACUUCUUUAUAGCACACCCUGCGGUGCAAUUUUGGCAGCAUAG